UUAUUCUCCUUCCAAUAAACAGAUUUUAGUUUAUAAUAAAUAAAUAUAAAAGCUCAAAUCACUGAUUUUAAUCAAUUUUAACAAUUUAUUUAUAGCAAAAAAGUAUAAUUAUUCUCGUUAAAGCUCAUAAUAGCUUGUAGCUAAACAAACUAAUAGCAUUUAGAAAGAAAAUUUUAAACUCAACAAAAAUAGUAGAAUAUCCCAACUGUAACUAACUCAUUAUAAAUGAAUCAAACGCCAGCUACAGCUUCCCAAGCUCCAGCUUCUCAACAAAACAAAUCUAAGAAUGAUAAUAACUUUGAUGGAUAUUUGAUUUUUGAUUUUCAUGAGUUUUAAGGACUCAUUUCAUAACCAGAUUCUAACAUGAAUGAUGAUAGGUCACCUACUGAUAGCAAGUAGAGAAAUACUGUAAUAUAAAAUGGAAUGAAUAGCAGCUCAACAGUUCAAAAGUAUCAAAGUUAACAAGAAAAUGUCCGCAAGUUUUCAGUUUAUAAUAACGUUGCUGAAGACCAAGAAGAUGACAAAAAGAGCCCUACUUUACACAUCUAAAAUUUAGAUUUAUUAGACAAAACAAAAGAUAAAACAAACUAUGAUGAAUUCUACACAUUUUUGAUGAGCUUAGACUUUUUGAAUAUUAGCAACACAAGAAAUAGAGUAGACCCAAUCUUAAUGAGCUAAUUUGAAAGUUUGUUAAAAAUAAAAGAAUAUUUUGUCAUGCUCAAGAACUACAUUGAGAAAAUAACUGAAAAUGACUCUGAUCUCUGGUUUGAUGAACUCAAAAAUACCUUUAAACUUAUGUUACACUAGUUUGAAAAUAUGAUUAACUCUAUUUCAGAACAAAUCAAUCCUGUCUCUUUGAGCGUAUGUUUCUUCCGUUGUAUCGAAUAUAUCAAAUUUUUUGAGUAAUUCCUCCACAUGCGUACUUUCCACCAGCAAAGCACCAAGGGCUAAGACACUCCUUAACAAAAAUUUAAAAGAUCUGUAAAAAUAUGUUUACUUUGGAAAAAGCUAACAGGUUAAAAGACUUUCGAGUAAUUUAUAAGAUACUUAGAUUCUGAUCCCUACAAUUGCUAAAAAUGUGAAAAGUGUAAAAAAGAUAUCAAAAACUAACAACUCUAAAAUUUACAAUAAAAUUUGCAAGCAGUUGAAAAUCGCUCAUCUUUAAACUAAAAUGCUUAAAACUAAGACAACCAAAGUGGAUAGAAUCCAAGCAAUAACUUUGUAAACUCAUUUUAAACCAAUAUCCAAGGAGGAAUAAAUACUGCUAAUAACAGUAACAGUAAUAAUAAUGCAAACAAUCAAUAACAAUUAAAUAAUAAUAAAGUUUAAUUUUACCACAACUCCAAAAUCUUCAAAGACCUCUAGGAUGGGUUUGCUAAAAUGCUUGAAAAAGAACUAAGUAACACUAAAAAGAGUUUUAAAAAGGUGAUCUAAUAGUAGACUAUUUAACAAAACUAAAAUAAGAAUAGCUAGCCAUAAACACUCACUGUUGAAUAUCAAUUGGCUAACAGAGGAAGUAGAUUCCGUAAGAUACAUUCCCCAGUCUAAAACUCUUUAUAUCAUAAGUCAGAUUUUUUCAUGAGUUGA